UUUUUCGACCGAAUUGCCUGGUUUCGAAGUGCGGAACCAGAAUAUAUAUAUUCCCGUGAGCCGUUCCCGGUGGCUCCUCUUCCGCGAAAUCACCAACCCACACCGCUCCAUUGAAAACUUCCGAAUGGCAGAAGAGAAGGAACUAGACGGCCAGCUUGGCGAGAAAGGGGAAUCCGAGGGGAUUGAGACCCAGGAAAUGGCAUCACGAGAGGACUCGAUUGAGCAGGAGAAGAAGCAGAACCGGAAUAGUGACCACAGCCACUUAAGUCGCGAAUCCCACGCCUCCGACGACAGCGACCCAUUAUCGCCACUAGAAUUAGCACUUUCACCAGGAGAGCAAGCAUUCGAGGAAGUCGCGCAUGUACGUACAGCGACGAGUAUCGGGAGUUCGGCAUCGCGGCCUCCAGACUUCGAGGUCGCCUUCGAAGAUGAUGACCCAGACAAUCCGCGGAACUGGUCUGUGUGGUACCGGGCGUUAAUCAUAUUCGCCAUCAGUUUCACGACGUGGGUGGUCGUGUUUUACAGCACGAGUUACACCGCUUCCACGCCUGGCUUGGUAGAAGAAUUCGGUGUGUCCAGCACUGUCGCGACCCUUGGCGUCACGACAUACCUGCUUGGCCUCGCCACGGGGAGCUUGCUCGUCGCACCCGCGAGUGAGCUAUUCGGCCGCAGACCCGUGUACAUCGUCUGCAUGAUUUGCUUCACGAUUUUAGUAAUUCCAUGCUGUGUAGCAAAUUCGCUAGUCCAGAUUAUCGUUGUCCGAUAUUUCGGCGCGGUAUUUGGCGCCGCGAUGGUAUCGAAUAGUGCCGGAACAGUGGUAGAUAUUUCUACAGAAGAAUAUCGUGCUUUGACAAUGUCGCUGUGGAGUAUAGCGCCCCUUAAUGGACCGGUAACCGGGCCUGUCAUAGGUGGAUUCGUCUACCAAUAUCUAGGCUGGCGUUGGGAUAACUGGCUUGUUUUGAUACUUGCUGGCGUUGGGACGCUCUGUAUGACAGUUCCCAAGGAGACGUACGCGCCAAUAAUUCUUCAAAAGAAGGCCGCGCGACUACGCAAAGAGACCGAUGAUGAUAGAUGGUGGUGUCGUUAUGAUCAGAAGCUAUCCAAGGUGGCGCUCAUAAAAAUUAGCUUGUUGCGUCCGUUUGUGCUAUCAUUCACGGAACCAAUCCUUUGGUUCUUCAACAUCUGGAUCUCUCUUAUAUACGGUAUUCUUUACCUAUGCUUCGUCGCAUAUCCCAUUGUAUUCUCCCAACAUCGUGGUUGGAGCCCGGGUAUAUCUGGUCUUGCGUUUGUGGGGAUUGGCGUUGGGAGCAUGCUCGCUAUUCUCGCCGAACCGUUCUGGCGUAGGUUGAUUAACUCUCAUCCGAAAGACCCCUUGACCGGCCGAGUACCUCCUGAAGCAACAGCGCGUGUCAUGAUUAUCGGGAGUAUAUUGUGUCCAGUUGGACAGUUAGUAUUUUCAUGGACUUGCCUUCCCGACACAAUUCAUUGGGCGGUCCCUAUCGCUUUCGGUAUUCCCUUUGGCGCUGGCAACGCAUUGAGCUUCAUAUACGGUUCUAACUACCUGGCUGGAGCUUAUGGUAUUUACGCAGCGUCGGCAUUAGCAGGAAAUGCUGUUAUGCGUAGCGUGUUCGGCGGCACACUCCCUCUUGCCGGACCAUCUAUGUAUGCUACUCUUUCACCGCAAUGGGCUGGUACGCUGCUCGGUCUGUUGGAAGCAGCGAUGAUACCCAUUCCUUUAAUAUUCUACCGAUACGGCGCGAAAAUCCGCUCCAAGAGCCCGAUCAUCCGACAGAUGCGCGAAGAUCAAGAGAAAAACGAGCGCCGGGCUGAAAAGGCACGAAGACGUAAGGCGAGACGCCAGGGUGAGGAGAAUGGCAAUGGGCCAGUGUUAAUGAAGGAGGUUGGAGACAAGUCGGCUACAGAAGAUCCUGAAAAGGGCCGGGCAGAGCCGAGUGCGUCGGAUAUACCGGCGUGGUUGAAAGAAACAGCGGUGUAAUGCGGCGGAUCGCUAUUAAUUAUCACGAGUAAUGCAGGUAGUUCUUAGCGGCA